GGAGGGCGGGACUUCAGCGGGGGCGGCGGAGUGAGGCGGCGGCGCUCUGGUCGCUCGGCCCCUUUCUGUGUCGGCGCGUCGCAGAGGGAGCAUCGCGCCCAGCCGCCGCACACUGCGCCGUCCCGGCCCCUCGCCGCCAUCAUGGCCAAGUCGGAGUCUCCAAAGGAGCCGGAGCAGCUCCGCAAACUCUUCAUUGGCGGCCUCAGCUUCGAAACCACAGACGAGAGUCUCCGCAGCCACUUUGAGCAAUGGGGCACCCUGACCGACUGCGUGGUGAUGAGGGACCCAAACACCAAACGCUCUCGGGGUUUCGGUUUCGUCACGUAUUCCUCGGUGGAAGAAGUGGACGCCGCCAUGAACGCGAGGCCGCACAAAGUGGACGGCAGAGUCGUGGAACCAAAGAGAGCCGUAUCCAGAGAGGACUCACAAAGACCCGGAGCCCACCUCACAGUCAAGAAGAUAUUUGUGGGAGGCAUCAAAGAAGAUACAGAAGAGCAUCAUUUGAGAGACUAUUUUGGCCAAUAUGGCAAAAUCGAAGUCAUUGAGAUCAUGACGGACCGCGGCAGCGGCAAGAAAAGGGGCUUUGCCUUCGUCACCUUCGACGACCACGACUCUGUGGACAAGAUAGUCAUUCAGAAAUACCAUACUAUAAAUGGUCAUAACUGCGAAGUGAAAAAAGCACUCUCAAAACAAGAGAUGGCCAGUGCAUCGGCCAGCCAGAGAGGUCGCAGCGGAUCCGGGAACUUCGGUGGUGGUCGUGGAGGUGGAUUCGGUGGGAACGACAACUUCAGCCGUGGGGGGAACUUUGGGGGCCGUGGUGGGUUCGGUGGCAGCCGUGGUGGCGGUUACGGCGGCGGCGGUGACGGCUACAAUGGAUUUGGCAAUGACGGUUACGGCGGCAGCGGCCCCGGUUAUUCGGGUGGUAACCGUGGUUAUGGUGGGAGCAGCAGCUACGACGGCUACAACAACGGAGGGGGAGGAUUCGGGGGGGGCAGCGGAGGCCGCCGUCCUGCACGGGGACCAGCGCUGGCUGUGCGGAACGGGCUGUCAGAGGCUGGCACAGGUGAGAGCGGUGGCGGCGGCGGCGGUAACAACUACAACGAUUUCGGCUCCUAUAACAACCAAUCGUCCAAUUUCGGUCCCAUGAAAGGGGGGAACUUCGGGGGCCGGAGCUCGGGGCCGUACGGCGGCGGUGAGUCACCCCGCGGGGGGCUCCGUGCGCCCAGGGCUGGGUGCCCCCCGACGCCGCUCUCCUUGGAGCAUUUCCCACCACCCAGGAGGUUACGGCAGCUCGAGCGGCGGCGGCAGCUACGGAGGAGGGAGGAGGUUCUGACGCCUGCAGCAGGAAACAAAGCCUGAUGGAAGACAAGAAGCAGAGAGAGGAGAAGGUCCAGGUUGUGAACUCAGCCAGAUCCCAGCGAUGGCACAGAGCUGGGGGGGGG